AUGGCGAAACAAGUUGCUAAGAAAGUGUCCAAGAAGGACUUGAAGAACAAGAAGCAGGAAAAGAAGGCCGUCGUGGAAGCAAGCUCAAGCUCUUCCAGCGACUCUUCUUCCUCCAGCGACUCUGAGUCUUCAUCUUCCAGCAGCGAUUCUUCCUCCUCGAGUGAAUCCGAGGUCGAAGAGAAGCCAAAGGUGAAGAAGGAGGCCAAAAAGGAGGCUAAGAAGGACACCAAAAAGGUUUCCAAGAAGGAAGUGGCCAAGAAGGAGGUGGCCAAGAAGGAGGAGUCUGCCAGCUCUUCCAGCUCUUCAGACUCCGACAGCUCUUCCAGCGACUCGGACUCGAGCUCUGAAUCCGAAGAUGAGGUUGAGGAAGCUAAGCCAAAGAGCAAAGCUCCAGCCAAGGCCGAGAUCACCGUCUCCAAGAGUGCUAGCAGCGGAUCCGAAUCUUCUUCCUCCGCAUCUUCGUCGAGCGACUCUGAAUCCUCUUCUAACGAUUCCGACUCUUCGUCGAGCGACUCUGAGUCCUCGGCCUCCGCCGAAGCUCCUUCUAAGAAGCGUAAAGCUGAAGAAUCUGCCUCUGAAGAAGAAUCCAAGGAUUCCACCCCAGAAGUCAAGAAAGCUAAGACUGAAACCUCCGGUGAACCAGCUACUCUUUUCGUCGGCAGACUUUCCUGGAGCAUUGAUGACGAAUGGUUGAAGACUGAGUUCGAACACAUUGGUGGUGUUGUCGGAGCCCGUGUUAUCUACGAAAGAGGCACCGACAGAUCUCGUGGUUACGGUUACGUUGACUUCGAAGACAAGUCUUACGCUGAAAAGGCCCUCAAGGAAAUGCAGGGUAAGGAAAUCGACGGCAGACCUAUCAACUGUGACAUGUCCACUAGUAAGCCUGCUGGCAACCCAGGAGCCGACCGUGCCAAGAAAUACGGUGACACUCCAUCUCAACCUUCGGACACUCUUUUCUUGGGUAACUUGUCUUUCAACACCGAGAGAGACAACGUUUUUGAGAUCUUCGCCGAAUACGGUGAAGUCGUUUCCGUGCGUUUGCCAACUCACCCAGAAACUGAACAGCCAAAGGGUUUCGGUUACGUCCAAUACUCUUCUAUUGACAACGCUCAAAAGGCUCUAGACGCUCUACAAGGCCACUACAUCGACAACAGACCUGUGAGACUGGAUUUCUCUACUCCAAGACCUCCUCAAGACGGUAACUCUCGUGGUGGUGCCCGUGGUGGUGCCCGUGGUGGGUCCCGUGGUGGUUUCCGCGGCGGUGCUCGCGGUGGGUCCCGUGGUGGAUUCGGUGGCAGAUCGGACAGACCAUCUGGAUCUGGUUCCAACUCUUCUCCAUUGGGUAGACCAAGACAAACCGCUUCGUUCGAAGGUUCUAAGAAGACCUUCGAUUGA